UUCUUUCACUGAACAGGUGGGACAUUCAACGGUUAUAAUGAUGAUGGUGAUUAUGAUGAGCAGGAAUAAAUUUGAAUCAGUCGAGAUUUAUCCCUCGGGGCAAUAAGACGUGCUAUUUCUGGACAUUAAAAUCCUAGUUGAGUGAUGAAACUAACGGACAAUAACAGUAGUGCAAUUUAUGACGUAAAAGAAAUGACCGACGGUAGGACAGUCGGAAGUGAACCGCCGGUGGGCAAUAAACCUUCCUCGCCGAGAACUUUUUUCGAACGUCUGUACGGUCAUCUAGAAAAGAGUGCUGGCACCGGCAUGAAUCGUGAAAACCAAUCAGUGACUACACAUGUGGGUAAAUUCACAAGAUCGCCAUCGGAAAGCUCCACUAGCACUAGCCGAUCUUCCCCUCCGUUAGACAUCGAAGACAACACAGAAGAACGUUCGAUUUGCUCGAGCGGAAGUGGUCGAACGAAUCUGUGCGAGCAGCGAACUUACCGGUGUGGGGCACUUGGACAAGAUUCAUACAGCCACCAGCAUGACUUUAUUAGCAGUGUUCCACCACAGAUAACAUCUCUGACCGGAAACUAUGGACCCUUCAGGCCCGUGUUUGGAUUCGGACCUGAGGGAUCGACCUUGCCGGCGGGAUUAUCAGCAUUUCUGGCCAGACGACGAAAAAAGGAAGGACGACCGCGUCGCCAAAGAACCACAUUCAGCAGCGAGCAAACGCUCCGGCUGGAGGUGGAGUUCCAUCGCAACGAGUAUAUUUCCCGUGGAAGACGCUUCGAACUGGCUGAAGUGCUGAAGCUUUCCGAAACACAGAUAAAAAUUUGGUUUCAAAACAGGCGUGCCAAAGACAAACGCAUCGAAAAGGCCCAAAUUGAUCAACAGUACAGGACAUUCGCUGCAGUAAACGGAUUAUUCACACCGUUUAAUCCUCAGUAUCCACAAGUGAUUGGUCCAAACAUCACAACGAUGGCGACAGGACACCACAAUUUCUACGAUCAAUUUUGCACAUCACCAAAAAUAGACCAAAGAAAUUCGAAGUGAGCAUCUUGUUGUCUUAAAUUUGUACAUAGCCAAAUCUGUAAAAUAAAUGCAGCGUAA